AUGGAUUGUUCUAGGUUCCUCUUACCACUCCCUCCGUCCUUCUCUCCUUCACAGCCGGUCGCUCACUCUCUCACCGUCUCCUCACCCGUCCCCAACCAUCGUGUACCUUCUCACUCCUCUGCGACACCGGUGCACCACAUAGAACCACUCUUCACCGCGCUCACGCCUUCCCCCUCUUGCAUCGUCCCCCCUGCAGAAAGGCCGAGCCAAGCAAGAGAGCAGCCUGCCACGUCAGCAGCAGAGGCAGGAGGAGCUACAGCCGCCGCCACAGCAGAUGCCCAGGGCAGCGCCGGCCUCAGCAGCAGCAGCAGCAGCAGGGGCAAGCAGCCGGUGCGGCCAUUUGAGGAGUGUGAGGAUGAGGACGAGCUCUCGUGGCGUCUCCCCUGCAGCACACUCAGAGAAAUAGCUCCUUUCCUCUCUCCUACACUUCUCUUCUCUCGACCCCUCUCGCCCUUCCUGCCUGCUUUUCUCCCUCAAGUUGCACCUCACCUCAUCCCUUAUCUCUUUGUCAGCAGCCUCAAAAGUGGUCCUAUGGCUGAAGCAUUUCCUCCCUUUCCUCUUCCUUUUGAUGAUUGUGUCCUCGCAGGACCCCUCCAUGUGCCACCUGCUGCUGCACCCGACCUUCCGCCUCCUCCCUUCUCUCACCCGCCACCUCUCACCCGCCACCUCUCACCCGCCACCCCUCACCCGUGCCCUCCUCACACUCCUCCUCCACCGCCUGCCGCAUCACCUGUCCCGCCUGCCGUCAAGCCGCCCUCUCGCUUCUGCAAGCGCUCGCUGUACAAUCCUUCCUUCCAUGCACCUUCCUUUGCCAUGCACGCCCCUCGAGAUUCAGUCAUGCAAAGCCACCCAUCGUUUGCUGCUGCCACGCGUUGCACUUCGCCCGCCACCACCACUGCAGCAUCGCCCCUCACCCCACUCCUCACCUUUGCCCUGCAAGCAGCCCACACACCCCUCCCCCUGACCCGCUGCCACUGCCCCCACCUGCCCUCCCUCCGCCUCAUCUCAUCCUCCUCCUUGCCUGCCAGCUCAGCACGCGAUGACUCAGCAGCCAGCCAUGUGGCAGCAUCUGCCUGGCAGACCGCAGCGAGCCUCCUGCGCUGGCCGGGUGGCCAUCAUGACCCGGCUGUACUGUGGGCGGCAGGCUUGUCUGCAUCUGUGCUGACACGUGCACUGCUGGGCGGCAGGUUGUAUGAACAGUCAGGAUGUGCAGAGGGCAGCAGCGAAGAGCAGAUGGGUAUUCGGGGGGGUGACGGCAGGGCGGGUGGGGGGGAGGAGCAGGUGGGAGGGUCGCAAGUCGUCAUGGCAGCAGCGUGGGAGGCAGUGAGGUGGAUGGCAGCAUUCUGCCACGUGGCAGUGUGUGACUCAGAGGGGGGUGUGACUCUAGUGAAGGCGAAGGAGGCAGGAGGCAGGGCAUGUGGGAAGGCAGGCGAGAGCGAAGAGAACAAGGGAGGGGCGGGCAGUGGUGGCGGUGGGGGGCGAGGAGGGGGAGGGUGGGGGGGGGGGGAGCAGUUGGGCAUGCAGGCAUGGAGGCGGUGGCAGCGCUGGCAUGCACUCACAGCAGCCACCACCCGCCCUGCCACCUCGUGUGAGGCGCAGGGCACAGGGGGGGGCGGGAGAGAGGGUGGUGUGCGGGCAGCAAGCAGGGCAGCACCCAGUGGCCCCCAUGACCACAGCAGCGCUGCAGGGGAGGCACGUGGUGACGGCAGCAGCAGUAGCAGCAGUGGCGGGUGCAGGACAGAGGGCAGGGCAUGGGAGGGCGGCCAUGAGCCUAGUGUGAGUGGCCUGGCAGCGGCUGCUGUGCGCCAGGCCUCCCUGGCGUGCCGCCUCUGCUCGCGCUCCGCCCCUCGUCACUCCUCUGCACCAUUUCUCACCGCUGACAUGCCAGUACAGGAGGUGGAAGCUGCGAUGAAGCUGCUGGUGGUGGCAGCACUGGCGUGUGACGGGCGGGAUGGGGAGGCAGUGCGGGCGGAGGGGGGCUUGCAGGCCGUGGGACUCGUGGGGGAGCUGGAGGGAGGGGAGGACGAGGUGGUGGUGGGAGUGAUGGGGGGCGGGGGAGACAGCGACGCCAAUGGGGAGAUGGGUGCUGACACCAUGCUGCUGGCUCAUGAGAGACCGCACAUACCACAUGCGCCAUACAGUGCUGACGUCACAGCAUGGCAAGGUGCUGACAUCAUCCUGUUCUCUGGCCUCACAGCCCUUGUCGCCCUCCUGCACCGCGCACAACCGUUACCAUCCCACCCCACGGCAGUGGCAUUAGAGCCACUGGCACUCACCCCCCCCCCCGGCACACUCCUCCCUGACAACCUCAUCCCCGCCCUCACUCGUCUCCUCCACCCCGCAUCGCCCGCUGGUCUGCGCUGCCUCGCUGCCCGAUGCCUCUCUCUCUGCCGCUCGCUGCCCCGCCCUCCCCCACCCUCCGCUGCACUGCCUGCUGCUGCCAAACAGCCCUCUCAGCAUCAGCCCUCUCAGCAGCAGCCCUCUCAGCAGCAGCCCUCUCAGCAGCAGCCAUAUCAUCAUCCUCCAUCUCUCCAUCCGCCUGCCACACACACCCACGUGGCGUUCGUCCUCACGCACCCCUCGGCACCCACUUCUACUGCUGUCGCCUCCCCACUGCGAGUGGUGGCGCAUGCGGCAAUCAUUGCUGCCCGCUGCCCCACCCUCCUCUCGCCCCUCAAAGCCCCCCCUGCCCCUGCCCACGCCUCUCCAUCUGCCCCCCCCCAUAGCAGCACCUUUCUUCCCGUUCAGGAAAAGGAUGGGGGGGCGAGUGGGCAAGCGCUGGUAGCGAGGGGAGGAGUCCGGGCAGAGGGAGAGGAGGGGGUGGUGAGGGAGGUGCGCCUGGGGAGGGGUGUGAGUGGCGAGACGUUCAGUCAGCUCUUGGAGUAUAUUUACACGGGACAGGUGUCGCUCUCUCAUUGGCCGUCAAAGGAUCUGCUGCAGCUGGCUAAGAAGUGCCGAUUGGAUGGGCUCGUUGCACUCCUUCGCUGUGAUUGGCCGAUGUGGGGCAGUGAUGAUGCGUUGGGGUGUGAUCUGACGUCAGCACUUGGUCCUGCUGGCCUGCCUUGGAGCGACAUUGUGCUGUGUGUGCCGUGCACGCGCCACGCUCCCCCCUCCCCCACGCACCAACCACCUGCAAGCGCCAGCAGCCAUGGGGAAGAGGCGCAGCAUGAGGCGUGCGGAGGGCCAGACGGGGGGGGCAGCGGUGAGGGGGGGGGCGGGCAGGGGGGCGUGUGGCGGUGUGUGCGGGUGGUGGCGCACCGCUGUGUGCUGGGCGCGCGCAGCCAGUACCUGCACGCCCUGCUGCACUGCGGCAUGCGUGAAAGCUCGCAGCACGAGGUGCAGCUGCCACCACUGCCCCUACCAGCGCUCAUCGCUCUCCUGCGCUUCCUCUACUCCGCCCGCGUCUCCUUCCUCCCCCUGCCCCUCCCUCCCCAUGCCACCCGCACGCCCACCAACAUGAGCCACCCAACCCCCACCACUGCUGCUGCGAGCCCCAGCCGGCAUCACAGCGCUCCUGUGCCACUCUCCUCUGUGCGCCUGCCCCCACUCUCGCUCUCCACAUGCCUGUUCUCCGCAGUGCACCUCGCAUCGCUCGCUCACCAGUGGAUGCUGCCCGCCCUGCACCACAGCGCCCUCUGCUACGUGGCAUCACGCCUUCGCGCCACCUGGCAUGCCCCAGUCAGCGGCGGGCCAUGCAAGAGUGCUGUUUACGGCAAUGAUGGCAGCAGCAGCAGCACGGGCAGCAGCACCUCCUCUGGCACGGAUUGGGUCCAGGAGGGCUCAGUGGCACCGUGGGCGGCAGCCUGGGCGGCGGGGCAGUGGGAGAUGGUGGGAGAGGCGGUGGUGCGGGCAGCAUGGGCGGCGGGGCAGUGGGAGAUGGUGGGAGAGGCGGUGAGCGGCCUGGCGCCGUGGUACCCCGCCAUGCGCCAUUCAGGCUGCCUGCACCGCCUGCCACCGCAGGUGCAGAGCGCUGUCAGGGAGGCGCAUGUGCGCUUGCUCACCGCGCGGCCUUGA